AUGGCGUUCUUCUCCCGCCUCCGUCUCCAAUCCCUCACCGCCGCCCACCGCGGGCGCUGCAACUUCUCCACGAUCCUAUCGCCGGACUCCAAGACUCCCCUCUCCGCCAAGGACAAAACCCGCGCCGCGCUCUCCCUCCUCAAAUCCGAGCAGAACCCGGAGAAGAUCCUCGAGAUCUGCCGCGCGGCGUCUCUGACUCCCGACCUCCACCUCGACCGCAUCGCCUUCUCCGUCGCCGUCACCAAGCUCUCCGAAUCCAAUCAGUUCUCCUACGUCAAGCAGCUCCUCGACGAGCACCGCCGCGACCGCCCCGACCUCCGCACCGAGAAAUUCGCCGCUCAGGCCAUCGUCCUCUUCGGCCAGGCCAACAUGGUCGACGACGCGAUCGCCACCUUCAAGAAGCACCACGAAGACGCCGGCUCCGAAUCCGGUUCGGUGAAGACGCUGAACGCGUUGCUCUUCGCCUGCGCCAUCGUGAAGAACUACGCCGAGGUAAAGCGGAUCUUCGUCGAUUUCCCUGCGAUAUACUCAAUCAGUCCGAAUCUAGACACUUAUAACACCGUGAUCAAGUCCUUUACGGAGUCCGGUAGUUCGAGCUCGGUUUACUCGCUCCUGGGAGAGAUGAAGAAGAACAGAAUCAAGCCUAACGCUACUACUUUCUCCCACCUGCUGGCAGGGUUCUACAAGGAAGAGAAGUUUGAAGAAGUAGGGAAAGUUUUGGACAUGAUGAAGACAGAGUACUCGAUCUCCCCUGGAACUGCUACCUACAAUGUCAGGAUUCAGAGCUUGUGCAAGCUGAAGCGAGCUCGGGAAGCUAUGGCUUUGCUCGAUAAGAUGUUGAAAGAAGGCCCCAAGCCGAAUGCCACUACUUUCGCCGAGUUGAUUCAUGGGUUCUGUAUAGCAGGGGAUUUGGAGGAAGCCAAGAAGCUCUUUAAGAGCAUGGUGGGCAGGGGACAUCAGCCUACCAUCGAGUGCUACUUCACUUUGAUCUACUACUUGUGCGUGGGGAAGGAUUUCGAUGCUGCUUUCGCAAUUUGUAAGGAGAGUAUGGAGAAGAAAUGGGUGCCGAAUUUCUCGACGAUGAAGCUGUUGGUGAAUGGGCUUGCGGGUGAAGGGAGAGUUGAGGAGGCGAAGGAGCUUGUAGGGCAAGUGAAGGAGAAGUUCUCCAAGAAUGCUCAUAUCUGGGAUGAGGUUUUGGCUGGCUUGCCGCAGUAA